GUCUGCAAAGAGAGUCCUCUGGUGCGCGGCGCCGGCCACAGCGCGCCAGUGCAGCCCCGGCCAGCAGCCGCAGAGGAGAGGGAGGCCUCCAGCAGCACCCGCCUGUCUCUCGCAUUCGCGCCGCGUAGCACCGCGCGUCCGUCCCCUGGCGCUCUGCCGCGAGCCGCCGCCGCGCCCAGCAGCUCGUAUCGUAAAGCCUCUCCUCCUGGCUGACCUCCCCGCGGCUGUCCCCGCUCGCGCGCCCUCGCCUCCUCAGUGCAGCAGCACCGCGCGCGCCUUUCGCGCGUACCCACCGGUCCAGGAGGACAUCGCCGCCCUCGCCAGUCGCCGCAGCGCCCCGGGAUGGUGUCCGCGCGCCCCGCGGUCGCGCUCACGGGCGCCGUCCUCUUCAUCGCCGUCCUGCUGAGUGGCAGCGGCGGCGGAGCAGCUGCCCUUACGACCUUCGGCAAGGCGCUACCCGCGUGCCCGCCGGAGAAAUUCGAUUGCCAGAACGGCAAGUGUAUCUCGGGGUCACGGUGGUGCGACGGUAUCGACAACUGUGGAAACAACGCAGAUGAGCUGUCUUGUCGGAUAUGCCUUAGUGGGUCAUUGAAAUGUAAAGGAUCGAAUCAAUGUGUCCCGUCUGGAGCAAGAUGUAAUGGCCAAAUAGAGUGCCAAGAUAAAUCUGACGAGCUUGGCUGCGAGACAGUAGUCACAGAGGCAGCUACAACAGUGUCAACAUACUCAAAGCCGCAAGAAGUGACAAAUAAGGCGUCAAAUAAGUUGAUUUCUGAUACUAUAUUGUUGGUAACAUUGGUCUAUUUUACCAUUUAAGACAAUUACUUUUUUUUUUACUGUUUUAAUUAGUUCAUUAAAUGGUUGCAAAAGAUAUGUAAUACAUCACAUUUGACAUUAAUGUUAAGAUAAAAAAUAUAACUUACAAUAUUAAACAUUUGACAGAACCAAUAAAUAAAAUUGAAUGCAAUUAA